AUGAUUUUAUGGCUUUCGACUUGUGGGGAUCCCCGUUUGUGGAAUCGUCUUGGCGCUACUCUAGCCAACGGUGAUCGAACGGCCGAAGCGGUCAGUGCCUAUCGAGAAGCGUUGAGUCGAUAUCCGGCUUACGUUAGAGCUCGUUUCAACCUUGGAAUCAGUUGCAUGCACUUGGCCAGCCAUCGGGAAGCCGUUGAGCAUUUCGUGAUGGCGCUCGAGCUACAAAAGGGUGAAAAGCAGACAUCGAGUAUCUGGAACACAAUGAGAUCGGCCAUCCUCCGGUUACCGCUUGGCAUGGGUGAUGAUAUUCUUCGAGCAGCCGACACACGAGACGUUUUACAAGUCCGUCAAGCCCUCGAACGUGUUUCGAGU